UUACGUCCAUUUCCAGCCAGAAAACAGCUGCUGAUCGAAUAAAAAAUCACCACAAACAGUUUUGUGAGUCGUGCUGAACUAGUCCACAGUUCAGCUCAGUCUGGAGGACUCGUCUCUGCGGCUCUUUCGGAUCCAGCCCUGCGCUCUCUCCAGCUACGCGUCACUUCCUCAGUCGGAGCCCAUCCCUUUGGAAAAAAGAAAAUUCACAUUCAGGCGACCGACGGCGAGAAAAAGAGCGAGAGGGAAAAAGCUGAGAGGGAAAAAGCUGAGAGGAGAAGCGAAAGCGAGAAGCCAGAUGAAAAAGUUGGAUCCCGCAGACGGAGCCGAGCGAAGUUUUACGCGUUAAACCAUGCCUCUCCAUAAGUCCACCCGGGGCCCCCGCCUCGACCCCACCAUGAUCUCCGCUCCGCUGGGAGACUUUCGCCACACGAUGCACAUCGGCCGGGGCGGCGACGCCUUCGGGGACACCUCCUUCCUGACCACACUGGGCCCCGCGCCGUCCAGCUCCGACCCGGGGAAUCCAGGGGCCACACCGGCAGCAGAACCAGAGGUGAACCACGACGAGCUGGAGAACAGCGACCUGCAGCACUCCGAGUCCGUGUCCUCCUUCACCAUGGACCUGGACCUGGACCUGGGCCCGUCCAUGCUGGGGGACGUGUUGGGGGUGAUGGACGGUCUGGGGCUCGACGCCAACGAGGAGGACGUGUUCAGUCCGAAGGCAGCCAUGGAGAUGAACAUGCAGAACCAGCUGAACGGGAAGAACCUGGAGGGGAACCAGGUGGGCGACGGACGGAUACCGGACGGGAUCAAGCCGAAGGGGCUGCGACCGAAGGUGAGGUUCAGCGACAAGCGCGAGGAGAUCAUCCGCCAGGCGUCCGAGGAGGAUGAAGGUCAGAGCUUCGACUUCCAGGACGAGGAUCAGCUGUCGUGCGAAACCCCAACGAGUCCCGAGAACCGAGCGGAGUCCGGGUUUGCCGCCUACAAAGUCGACACACCGCCGAGUCCCGCGUCCUCUCAGGGCUCCGAAUAUGAAGGAGUGACUCCUCUGGACAGGAGGAGGGUGAACAGCUGCCACUCAGACUCAGACUCAGAGGACGACGAGGACGCGGGACGAGGAUACACGUUCGAAGACGAGUUCGACGACGAGAUCGGCCUAUAAGACUGGUGUUCGCUGGCCAGCUGAUCAGAAACACUGAACCUGAGCGCAUCAUUUCAGCACCACACGACUGGGAGGCUCACAAAACUGGAUUCUUACAGCUAAGACGAUGUUGCUCAACUGGACAAGACAUGUAUUUUGUUUUAUCUACGAGGGCGACAGAUUUAAAAAGACUUUCUGACCAGAAAUUAAUCCAUUUAGGCCGUUUGUAGCACUUUGAUUCAUUCUGUCGACCUGGAAGCUACCAAACGUUGGACUCAGGCUAAAUGAACCAUGUUGUUAAUUCCCACUAUAAUCUGUCCACAGUGGCUGCUGUGUGUUGAACUUUAUCUUCUUGUGCCUUAAAGGGGGCUGAACGCUCACAUUAUAUCCUCUCAGUGUCUUCAUACUUAUUUCUGCAUGUUUAUUCCAGUCUGGUGAGGAGGCUCCCCGCACACAGACCUGUUUACUGUGAAUUUGUCACAUUCCAAAUCUGAAAAUGUGAGUUUCUGUGCUUCACACCAAACCUGAGUUCAGUUUUUUGCAUGUUUUAAACUCACCAGAGCUGUUGUUGGGGCUGCGGGGCUAAAACGCUACGACAAUCAUGGGAUUUAAAGGUCAAAUCAGGAGCAGCAGUGUAUUUUUGUACGUGCUUGUAUAAUGCCUUCUUUUUAAUAUUUUAUUUCAUAAUGCUGUAAAAGGGAGAGGCCAUUAGCUCGUCUGUUGAAAUGCUGGUUUGUUAUCCUGUGGUUUAAUACAGAUUACAGUGAAAACAAUAAAGUAAUUAUUGGGAUUUUAAAAUAAGAA